UCACUAAAUAUUUGGAACCUUAGGCCCCUUAAAGAGAUAUCCCAUUCAAGGACUUACACUUUGAAAAGAAUAGUGGGCGUGCAAAAGGGAGAUAGGGAGAAAAUUUUGAGCAUUGAUCAUGGAUUAUAUUUCAUCAGUUUUUCAGAUAGACGACAAUAGCACUGAUGAUCUUGUCCAAUAUUUCUCUUCUUUUGCAUCCCAACAACAGACAACACCUAAAGAUAAAGUUCCAUUAAGACCUUAUGAAGAUUGCCACGAUCUUGCCAACAAAACUCAACAUGGCCGGCGCCGUAAAUCAUCCAUCGCUCUUGGAUCUGUCAAAGAUGAAAACCCUAAUGACAACAACAAGAAGAAAAUCAUCCAUAGAGACAUUGAGAGACAAAGAAGGCAAGGAAUGGCUAACCUUUAUGGGUCCCUACGACGCCUUCUCCCCCUUAAAUAUCUCAAGGGAAAGAGAUCUAUAUCAGAUCACAUUCACUAGACAGUAAACUAUAUAAAACAUCAAGAGGAAAAGAUCCAAAAGCUGAUUGACAAGAAAGAUGAAUUAAAAAGGUACUUGUCUACUUCUUCUGCACUUGAAAACUUGGAAGGUUAUGAGAGGGAUACCUUGACAGUCAGAACUUGUUGUGUUGGAGUUGAGGUUGGCAU